CUUUUUCUAUUGGGUGUGUCAAAACCUGCGACAGCAAGCUUCCUUCCUCGUUAUAGCUGUGCGUAGAGGAUGAGCACUCAGAGGAUGGAUGGCUGCACAUACAUCAGCAUCAUAUACAUGAGGAGGCAGUAAGAGCUACAGAACCAGCAAGAGAGGAAGUUUGAUUGCCUGACUAAAGACAAAAUAGUCUUCUCAGUGAGAUUCAAACCAAACCAGCUAAACUCAAACCCGUUAUUCAAUCAUGGAAUUCAUGCACAAGCUCAGCUCUUCUGUGUCCUGCCCGGACUUGUAUGGCCGGAACAAUGGCAGCAUCAUCCUGCAGCAUUAUAACUAUACUGGGAGACUGCAGCACAGAAUGUCAAGCAAUAGCAGCAUCAGCACAGGUUCAGCCAUCCUCCUCUGCAUCAGUGUCCUGAUCGUGCUUGAGAACCUGCUGGUGCUGCUGGCUGUGAUCCUCUGCGUGCGCACGCGCCACCGAUGGCUGAACAUCUGCAUCGCCAACAUUGCACUCAGCGAUCUGCUCACGGGCGCAGCGUAUGUGGUGAACAUCUGCAUGUCAGGAGGGCUCACUCUGCAUCUCAGCCCGCUCCUCUGGCUCCUCCGUGAAGGUCUCCUGUUUGUGGCGUUGGCUGCCUCUGUGUUCAGUUUACUGCUGAUCGCCGUGGAGCGUUACACCACCAUGAUGAAGUCAGAGUCUGAGAACAGGGACAGGAAAACCUAUCGGAUCUACAUCAUGGUGGUUCUGUGCUGGGUCACGGCGUUCAUCAUUGGCUUCCUGCCAGUGUUUGGAUGGAACUGCAUGUGCAACCUAAGAGGGUGUUCGACCCUUUUGCCUUUGUACUCCAAGAGUUAUAUCCUGUUUGCUCUGGUCAUUUUCUUCUUGAUCCUCCUGACCAUCGGCGGCCUCUAUUUCGCCAUCUACUGGCACGUCCGCAGGAGCCAGGUGAUAAGUUCAGUGAAGAGCAGGAAGCGGUCCAUCCGGCUCCUCAAGGCUGUGAUCUCCAUCGUAGGUGCAUUUAUGGUUUGUUGGGGCCCACUGUUCGUCCUGCUCUUGGUGGAUUAUUAUUGUUACUCACGCAAUUGUGACGCCCUCUUCAGCCCACAAUGGGUCAUCUCUCUGGCCGUCCUCAACUCAGCUAUCAACCCACUCAUCUACUCGCUAGGCAGCCAGGAUCUGCGCAAAGCCAUCAGCAGUUUCCUGUGCUGUAUCUGCCACCCGGAGAUCCUCUCAUCCAAGGAGACAUCCAGCACAUCGGUGAGUCGCCACAGCAGUCUGCGCAACAGCUUCAGCAAAAUUCGUAACCUGAGCACAAGUCCACAGAGCCAGAGGAGUGGAAAAAAGACCAGGCUGAGCUCCACCACCUCCUGCCUGUCUGCGUCGAGCACUUAAACCACAUGUUUCGCACAUUAACCGCAAGGGAGACACACACCUACACACACGUGUACACAGACAUACAAUCAAUCACGCGAAUGUCUGAUUCACUAACUGCCACCAACACACCUGUCAGAUUAGUGAACACAAUUUUUUCACUUUGUGUAGAAUCUAAAAAUAAAGGCUUUCUUUGUAUCUUAAAAAACGAAACUCUGAGAAUUAAAAAAAAAAGUUAAAAAAAAAGUGAUUUUUUUUGCCUCUUAGGAAUAAGCACAUACAUACCAACAUGUUCCUGAAGAUGUUUAUGAGUGAAUUUUAGUGCAGUGCCUCUUAUUUUAUUUCUUUUUUUUUUUUUUUUUUGCUAUUUCUGGAAUUUAAGUACCUUUAAUAAUACAUAUUUUAAGAAUAAAAAAGUAAAACAAAAAAUAAUAUAACUAUUUGAGAACAACAACAAUAAUAAUAAUAAUUAUUAUUAUUAUUAUUAUUAAUAAAUAUGUAUGUAUUAAGUAUGCUUAUAACAAUAAAACCUAUUGCAAUUUUUUUAGAAAUAAAAAAGAAGGAACCCAUGUAAAAACCUUUAAAAAAUGCAAUAUAUGUUUUAUGUUUUAUACUCACCAGAAGGCUUCGAAUGAAUAUUACGAUAAUGUCUUUAUUCAUACUGAAAGGAGAAAAUUAUGUACCUUAACAAAUAAACUUUUUUGUACUUGCACGUUAUUAGUAUAAAAUGUUCAUAUAUUUGUUUCCUGUGAUGUAUAUAAGAGCUCUAUAUCUGAAAUAAAGAGAUUUUUUUUUUGUA